AUGUCGGAUGAGAGUCAUCAGGCAAGCGCUAUUCAAGAGAAGGAUGCCAUAAUCCAGAGUAUUCUACACGAAGAAGAUUUAUAUAUAAUUCUAGGAGCCCCGAGGUCUGCUACACCUGCGGAAUUGAGAAGAGGUUACCUCGAACGAUCGAGAAUAUGCCAUCCCGAUAAACCCCCCUUCCACCCCCUCUCUACCAGCGCAUUCCAGCGACUAGGUUUCGCAUUCGAUAUCCUGAAAUCGCCCAGUGCGCGAAGAACUUACGACCGAGCCUCCAAACCCACCCUCUCCCAACUACCAGACAAGACCUCCUUCCUAGGCGGGGAACAUACCUUCCGCAGUGCCGUCGAAGCAAUCUUGCAGGAGUUCAUGACCGGCGACUUUGUUAUCGUCCGAAGAUGGCUCGAGUCCUUGCACGCGCAAUAUCCGCAUCUAGUGAGCGAAGAAGUAAUAUUAAACGUCGAGCGGAGCUUUAUACGUAUACGAGAACUCGUUCUCACCACAAGAACAUAUGCGCUGCUGAUAUAUAUUGAGCUUGGGAGAAUACAUCGGGUUCAGAAGCGGCUUAUGGGAUUGGGGUAUUUGGAUGUUAUAGGCAAGGCGAGACUUUCGAUUCAUCUUGUAAGGGUUACUCUGGCCGUGCCUAUGCGUGUUGAUCGCGCGCUGAAGCAGAGGGAAGAGAAGGCGUGGAGAGCGAAGGUUGCGGGCCUGCAGGCUAGGGGUAUCACGCCUACGGAAACUAGGGGACAAGCGGGCAUUUUAAAUGAGCGAGUGAGCAAGGUGCUCGAGUUCAUAGUAGGUGCGGCUGGUAAGGAUGAAGGUGCCGAUGAGGCAUGGAGUACGAAUAUGGGGAAAGCAUCUUGA